AUGUGUGGUGUUUCUCAUUUCUUUUUUGCCUUGGUUCUGUUUCUCACCUUUUCCAGCUCGGUGAUGUCAGGAUCUGACUUCUCUAUCUACUGCCAUCUGUUAAAUCCACUACCAUACCAGUUAAUCCCUCUUCCAUUUACAGAAAAUUUCUUCGCUAUGGCUCUCCGUUUCGGUGGACGGCUUUCCAAAAUGGGGUGA